GAAUACGGUACAAAGAUCCCCAGUAGACCACGAUAAAUCUAUAGAAGCUAUACGCACUUUCUUACAAUCAAAGGAUUGUUUAUCCAUCCUGCCAGUCUCUUCUAAAAUGAUUGUAUUCGAUACGAGAUUGCAGGUUAUCAAAGCAUUAAACGCAUUAGUACAGAAUGGUGUCGUAUCUGCCCCCCUUUGGUCGUCCGUAGAAAGCAAGUUCGCGGGAAUGCUCACUAUAUCUGAUUUAGUACACUUAAUGCAAUAUUAUUAUUCAACUACAAACUCUUAUGAAGGUGCUGCAGACGACGUUGAACAGCUUACUUUGGGAAACCUACGAGACAUAGAAACCGCCAUUGAAGUUCUACCACCUCCUUUACACUCCAUUCAUCCAAUGCGGCCAUUACUUGAAGCGUGUCAUAUACUCAUGACAUCUCAUGCACGGAGAUUACCAUUGAUUGAUCAUGACGACAGAACUGACGUAGAAGUUGUUCUUUCUGUUCUCACACAAUAUCGUGUUCUUAAGUUUAUAGCUGUCAAUUGUAAAGAAACACUCGGCUUACAAAAGACACUUCUUGAAUUAAACAUAGGAACUUAUGCAACAGCUGAGUCUAUACAGGAUACUUCCUUCGAACCAGUCUCAACAGCUACGAUGGAUACAACCGUCUUUGAUGUAGUACACCAAUUCUCAGCCAAAGGUAUUUCAGCAGUACCGAUCAUUGAUGAAGAGGGUGUUGUCAUUAACCUCUACGAAACCGUUGAUGUCAUCACUUUGGUCAGAUUGGGCUCAUAUCAGUCAUUAGAUUUGACAAUUUCUUCGGCACUCUCACAACGGUCACCUGAAUUCCCUGGAGUUAUCACUUGUUCGCCGAAAGAAACGCUCGCUAAUGUCUUCUCUUUGAUUGCUAAAAGACGAGUUCAUAGAUUAGUCAUGGUUGAGGAUGAGGAUAAGCAGUUACCUAAUGGUACAAUAAGGAAGAAGGGCGCUUUAGUUGGCAUAGUCGCUUUAUCAGAUAUAUUAAAACAUGUAAUUGGAUUUAACGAAUCAUAAUAACAUUAAAAGAAAGUUCUUCUUGUCUCUUGGGAAAAUGCUUCCUACACCGUGCUCAAUUUUUGCGAAAACAAGCCUGUGGUUGUCUUAGUAAAUUAUGUCCAAAGUUGAAAUAUACUACUCACAUGAAGUAUAAGAAACUCAAACCGAAGAAGCCCGCUGGUGAUUCACGAGUGUAUGGGUGCCAACCUUCGUCGUAUGCAAGACGUUCUUCAACGAAGAAUGGUCUAAGGUAAUCUUCUCUACCAUCCCAAAGAAUGAGUGGAAUAGCUGAGUUACCUGCACCGAAAAUCUUGAGCUUUCCUGGUAAGAAGUAUUGACCGUUUCUAACUUUUUGUUCACGAUUUGGAUCAUUAUCUGAAGAGCAGAGCAAACGACGUUCGAAUAAUGCUUUUGACAUUGAUUCUGUGUUAAGGCAUGCAACACCCUUUUUACCCUUUGCACCUGGUUGCUUUGGUGGAUGUGCAAAUUGUAAUGUACGUUCACAGAGGUCGACUGCUGGUGGUCCUUGGUUUGGUUGGAAUAUACGGUCAUGACGUAAAAGUGAAGCGUCAUGUUCAAUGACGUUUGGUGCUGCGAUAUCAUUCAAGUCUAUCCAUGUUUUACCAUUUCCUGAAGAUUUUGAAAUGAAUCCAGCUGCUGAUGUCAAUUGGUAUGCGAAUGUUGGUGCGAAAUCGUAUGUCUUCUUUAUAGCUAAACAGAUAACUGAUAAAGAAACGUGUUUACCGUGACGUGGGAUGAACCGUGGUUGGCCAUCGCGUUCAAACCUGGGCAAGGUGAACGUGAGUCUUCUUCACCUGGUGCACUGAAAUUGUUGAGUGCGCUGAGGAUCAUUUUCUUUUCUGAGUCGGUGAUUUUUCCCCAUCCAGAGAGUUCACAUGACUUUGCGAGAAGUCUAUCAGCCAAAGUCCACUUGUGUUGCUUUGAUGGAUUAGCUC